UCAGACGCAGCGCUCAACUCUCUCACUGUUACAGUUGGAACCUGUCCGGAAACUUUUCGUCAUCCAAGACGUGAAGACUGAUAAAGGACUGGGCAUUGGGAGAUUAUAUGGUGGUUAAGAAGAAACCUGCGACCAAAGUUUAACUCCAUCUGGAUUUCGUGGAGUUUUACCUGCUCUUGUUUCACCGCCGUCAAAGUGACUUUUAUGAGCUUUAUAUGCGUUUAAACGUUCGUCAUGCUCACGAAGAUUAACGGGUCAGUUCUAGGAUAGUUCUAGUUUUAGAAAGGGUUUAACUCACGGAAAUAAACCAAAUGUAGCAGGUCGCGUGUUAUUAACGGAGAACUGAGCUGAGCUACUGAAUAAUUUAGGUCGAUAUGUUUAUUUAAGAAAUCGAUUAAUAUUAAAUGUUACAAUUUAAACAUGAUUUAAACAAUAUAUGACAGGUUUUGUGCCUUCACUUUAUUAUUAGUAUGUUCCCUGAAAGCAUAGCAAAUUGGAAAUACAUAGGAAGUGACUGGAUUAGACUCUAAAUAACACUUAAUCCAACGACAUUAUUUGUGCUUUUUGUUUGAUUUGAGAAGAUUUUAUAAAGCUGUAAUAAUUCGACUUUUACAAUGCGCGAUGCAUCUGGGAACUUCAGUCUUUUGCACAGGACUUGCUCUCUGGUGGUGUUGCUGUGUUUCCUGCACAUCUCUGUCACUUUCAUAUACUAUGUUAGAAAUUCAGAUUCAAGGCAGACCUUCGUGCAAAACCAGCAAACCCCACAGGUCCACAGAAAACUGACCGAGCAGAGGGUCACUAUAGAGGAAACCAGGCCUCCUUCUCUGUCUAAUGGCACUGAGACAGAGAGAAAGCUGGAAACAUGUCCUGACAAUCCACCUCAACUGGUGGGUCCACUUCGGGUUGAGUUUUCAGACCCCGUCACCCUGGACUUGGUGAGGGAGCAGAACCCAGCAUUGCAGCCCGGUGGGCGAUUUAAACCCAAAGACUGCAUCGCCCAGCAGAAGGUGGCCAUGAUCAUUCCCUUCAGGAACCGUGACGAGCACCUGAAGUUCUGGCUCUAUUACAUGCACCCCAUCCUACAGCGCCAGCAACUGGACUAUGGAGUCUACGUCAUCAUCCAGGAUGGAGAUAGGGCGUUCAAUCGUGCCAAACUCCUCAACAUCGGUUACGCAGAGGCUCUGAAGGAGUACGACUACCAAUGUUUUGUCUUCAGUGAUGUUGAUCUCAUUCCCAUGGAUGAUCGCAACAUCUACAAGUGCUUCAAUCAGCCCAGGCAUCUGUCUGUGUCUAUGGACAAGUUUGGCUUCAGGUUGCCAUACACACAGUACUUUGGAGGUGUGUCAUCUCUGAGCAAGGAACAGUACCUCAAGAUCAACGGUUUCCCGAACAACUACUGGGGCUGGGGAGGAGAAGAUGAUGACAUUUUUAACAGGAUUAGCACCAAAGGGAUGUCCAUAUCAAGGCCUGAUGGGCUGAUUGGGAGAUGUAGAAUGAUUCGUCACGAGCGAGACAAACAAAAUGACCCCAAUCCUCAGAGGUUUGACCGAAUAGCUCACACAAGGCAAACAAUGGGUAGAGACGGGAUCAAUUCACUGUCAUAUAAGGUUGUUAAAGUGGAAAAAGACCAGCUAUUCACCAAAAUCACAGUGGAUGUGGGAAAACCAUGAUGAUUCCUGCAUUUAGAUGGACCAAAAAACAGUGAAACAGCAAGGCUGGCUGUAGACACCAAAUGUGCCUUGACCUUUCAAGUCAAAUGGACGAUUUUCAAAGUGGAGACUAUAUUUAAAAAAAAAUACAAUUUAUUGUAGUAGUUUUUGCCAUCUUUGCACAUGUGAUGGUGAAAAUAGAUGUCCGAACUCCAGUUAAAAAGAGACACAUGAGGGUCUUGGAUGCUUCUGCUGAGAAAAGUAGUAUCUCUUGAGCCAAUUGACUGAAGCAGCAUGUAGAUUUCUAAAGCAAAUGUCCUUUUGGUGGGACAUGUAAAGAAUUAUGAGUUGCGGUGUAUGGAAUUAUUUGUAGUUUGUAUUUUUAAAAGUGAAUGUUUGAUGGACUGAUUCAGAUAAUCUGCAAGCUAAAUGAUGCAAAACCAAUUGUGGCAUAAACUAAUUUAAGGAUGAGGAUUUUUGAUGUGUGCCUAUAGUCAGAUACCAGUAAACAUUUCUUUUGAGAUUUUUGUAUUCAUGCUUAGAUUUUAUUGUAAAUUACACAUCUCAUUUUGUCUUAUUCAUUGCUGUACCAGGUAUUUGUACUUUACAGAGCCUUUAAAAAUGACUUGUCUCUUCAACAGGGAUGAGAUGUAUGAAUGUACUGACCUUAUUUUCUUUCUUCCAAGUUUUAUUUUUUAUAUAUAUAUAUAUAUACACAUACACAAAAUGUACCAGUAUCCUGUUUACUGGAACACCAAAGUUUCAGCCUCGCAUUAUUAUAUCUUAAGUGACAAGACAUUACCCCUGCUGUGUGGUGCAUUAAUUGGGUUGUUCAUAUUCAAAAUAAGAAUUCUGUUAUCAUUUACUCACCCUCAUGUUGUUCCAAACCCAUAUGACUUUCUUUCUUCCAUAGAACACAAAAGGAUUUUUUUUUUCUCAUGCAGUUAUGAAGAUUGCGGCUUUCAAGCCUCCAAACGGAUGCAAAAGCAUAAGUGUCCACACGAAUCGUACAUUUAUAUAAUUAGAAAAUAUAAUUCUUCUAAAGCCAUACUAUGCAUUUGUGUGAGGAACAGACCGAAAUGUAAGUGUAUUAAGUUGUGUGGGGAAAGCAAACAAGUCCAUUAUUCAAAAUGAAUCUUUUUGUGUUCCACAGAAGAACAAAAGUCGGGUUAAAUGAUUUGAGGGCGAGUAAUUGAUGAAAGAUUUUUGAUUUUUGGGAGACCUGUUCCUUUAAUAUCUUUGCUGCAUAUGUUUGGUAGCAAAUCAUUCAAAUCAAAUGCAGCACUUUCAGGUUAAGCUAUCUGUUUUUUUUUUUUUUUUUUUUUCAUUUUGUUGUGUUGUUGAGUCCUAUAUUGUACAGUGAAAUUCUCAGAUGUAUGCAGAUUGCAUAAGGGCACAAGUAUAUUCCAGCUCUCUACUGUAAUGUAAACAGAAAGCCAUUGAAAACUUUGUUGGACUGACCUGUUGAAACUUGCCAUUUGUUUUUGUUUUUCUCUCUCUCUCUCUCUCUCUUUUUUUUUUUUUUUUUUGUGCUGGUCUGCUUUUAAAUUUUUCUUUUGAACAAAUAAAACAAUAUUUGAUUAUAAAA